UUAUAUAAUUAAAAAGGAAUUGAUAACUGACCAAUCCCAAAAAGAGCCCUUACUAGUCCGGCGCUCUUUGCGAUGUAUUUGUCUUUCUAUUCUAUACUGAACGCCAAGUCUAUAGCUGGUGGCCAAGUUAAGGCUUUUCGUUUUAUUCCAAGUGUAUUAGAAGACUCCUUUUCCUCCUGUUAACAGUAAUGUCGAAGCAUGGUGGAAGCAAAUCGAAGGCAUGGCAUGGCUUUCAAAACUGUCGGGUGCCAGUUCCAGUCACUUGUCUGGUUCUGAUAGUCUUAUGUUUAAUAAUGUUCUUUUGCUAUCAUGGCAGAAGGAGCUAUUCUUCUCCUGGAUCUACAAUGCAGAGAUGGAAUACUUUCGAGUCUGUGGAGUUUCAUCCAACUAUAGAGUUUAGAAAUGGCACAGAUGUGAUCUGGCAAAUACCUGAUUCGCCCAAAGCAGUUCUCUUUCUGGCUCAUGGAUGUAAUGGCAGAGCUGUUAACUUUUGGGACAGAUCUCAUUACUGCCCUAACUGCAUUGGCUUGCCUGAGGAAAGACUACUUGUUCUUCAUGCACUUGCUAAUAAAUUUGCAGUUCUUACGAUAUCAAGCGCAGGUAGGUGCUGGACUUUUGGGGAAGAAAUGCUAGUUGUUAAGAAUAUUAUAAAAUCGUGGGUAAGGAGGCAUAAGCUUGAAAAUAUUCCACUUGUUGCUUUGGGGGCUUCUUCCGGUGGAUACUUUGUUUCUGCACUUGCCACCAUUUUGAGAUUUAGCAGCAUUACAGUUAUGAUUGCUGAAGGGGUAUUUAAUCAAAUUGAUGUUGCACAAAACUAUCCGCCAACACUUUUUGUGCAUAUGCCCAAAGAUUUACCUAGGCAGCAAAAGAUAAGUGAAUCAGUAAAAUUUCUGAAGAAUAAAGGCAUUGACGUUGCUGAGGUUGAGUGCAUUGAAUUCCCCCUGUCGCCAAGUUUCUUAGGUGAUAGAAUUCCUGGACUUGAUCAAACUAUUUCUGCUAAGUUGUUUGAGUUAUUUCAGAACAGGGGCUUCAUUGAUAAGAACAGAUAUAUGAAGAAAGAUGGGCGGGCUACACGAUGGAAAGCAGCUCUCCGUGAAACUAAGGACUUUGUGCUGGAUAAGAAUCUGGUCCAACAUGUGCAGGAGGAGCUAAAUCUUGCAUUUGCAUACCAUGAGAUGACCAGCUUGCAGUCAGAGCAGAUUUUUAAAUGGUUUGAAUCUCAUAUGGAGUAAUCAGGAGUCAGGUUAUCAUCAUGACACAUUCUUUCUUCCUCAAAUUUUGAGAGAAAACUCCCAACCAAAGUUUGUAGUGGAAUAAACAAAAAAAACUUUCAAUCCAAGUGAAGAGCGGAUUGCAAUUAAAAUCACCUGAUUUAGCAUCAAAAUUGUUAUCUUUCCCUCCCGGUUCAAAUAAGGAAAGAAGGAAGUCAACAUUUGAAUCUCUUAUACCCUGCAAUGGCAGUGCUUCACUGUUGGGCUAUUUGUACAAGGGAAUUACUGGAUGGAAUCAGAAAAUGUGCCGGGCAA